UUCGUUAACCCACCUGUUCGCGGUGGACAGAAAACAGAAUGGGAAAGCUUCAGGAAUUCAAAAUAACCCUUAAUAACAACAAAACUGUGUACAGCCCCGGUGAAUCGAUCUCUGGAACACUGAAGAUCACAAUUGCCCAGUCCAUACAAUGUAAAGCAAUCAAAGUGAACUGCCAGGGCUUCUGUGGAGUGACCAGCAAAGCAAAUGACAUGGACUGGACUGAGGAGGAGCAGUACUACAGCAGCUCGGUCUCAAUAGCAGAUAAAGGCACUCUGAAAGAGGGCGAGCACAGCUUUCCCUUCAAGUUUCUCUUACCAGCCACUGCACCAACAUCAUUUGAAGGGCCUUAUGGACGGAUUAUUUACAGAGUUAGGGCUUUCAUAGACACUCCUCGCUUUGCAAAAGACUACAAAAUAGAGAAGCCUUUCUGCAUACUGAACAACUUCAACCUCAAUGAAGCACCUGACAUACUCGAACCUAGCACAUCUUCCAUUACCAAAAAUUUCUCAUACAUGCUCGUGAAAAAUGGGACAGUGGUGCUGAAAGGCAAGAGCGACAUGCGGGGAUAUGUAGCUGGACAGAUCAUCAAAGUAUCAGCUGAGAUUGAAAAUAAAUCGGACAAGUCUACAGGCCAUGUGGUAGCCAGUCUAAUGCAGAAAGUCACAUAUAACACUAAGAAGCCGACACUUGACCUGCGGGCUGUAGCAGAGGUAGAAGGCCCUGGAGUUAAGGGUGGACAAAAAGCUGAAUGGAAGGAGAAGAUAAUUGUACCUACUCUUCCCCACUCCUCUCUGACUGGUGAUGUCCUCAUCCAAAUCAGCUACUACAUUCAGGUCUCUUUGAAAUACCCAGAGGUGUCAUUAACUUUGCCCAUUUACAUUGGAGGCAUCGCAGUGGAUCCCACUCGGCCUUCCCCCUCCAGGCCUGUCCCUCCCACGCCAGCCCCGCGCUCUAACCCCGCCUCCGCCCCUUCGCCUUCUGCUGCUCCCUCUGACUCUACCCCUCUCAGCCUGCCUUCUUGCCCAAACCCUAAAGCUGCACCCAAACCCAGGCCUCGAAGCAUCUAUGCAUCCCCCAGUGCACCACCAGCAGAUCUGUACCCUGAGCUCUCAGGUGCAGAUAACUGCAUUGGGGAAAUGACAAAGAGUUCACUGCAGGAGUCAGGUUCUCAGGCUGUGUCCCCUAAUGCAUUCAGCUACGCUCCUGGACUCAGCUUCAGACAGAGCCAAAACUCCAACCAUGCAUCAGGACCCCCUUUCAGUUCACCCACCACCCCUCAAGACAGAUCCUUGUUGGCCUCCUCUCCAAUGAGCAUGCCUCCAAACUAUAGGAGUUCAGCAUAUCCACAUGAGCCUCCACCUUCCUAUGAAGAUAGCUGCAACACAUAAGAUUUUACCCAACCACAGGAAGAAGACUAUAAAUCAUUUGAGGAAAACAUUGCUUUCAAAACACUCCUGUGACUUAUUAAUAAAUGCAGAUCUCAAGCACUUUUUGUACUAAAUGUGUAAAUCAACAAAUUAGAAUCUGGAAUUAAACAUAAGAGGUCAAUUUAUACACUACUAUGAUCUAUGAUGCCAAGCAUUUAAAAAUUAGUAACUUAAAUUUUUUAAAUUGGAAAUGAUCUGCUAGUCUCAUCAUAUUUAUAUCAUGCAAAAGAUACUACUUAUUUUUAGUUAGGUUAUUUUGCUUUGUCCCUUUUAUUAGCAAGUUUAUGUUUUGUUUUCAAUUUUAUUGAUAAGCUAAAAAAAAUCCAGAUUAGUUCAUAACUUUUUAUAUAUGUCUAUAUAUUUGGUUGCACAAAUCAUCCACAAGUCUUUAUAUGACACUACAGAUUAUAUAUAGCCUUAUAAAUAUAUAGUAUAGGUUAUGUGGUGUUGAAUGACCAAUUGUUAGUAUUGUUUUUUUUCCCAAGGCAGUUUUAUUGCACACUACUUUCAUAUUAAAAAGCAUUUUGUAUUAAAACUGUGAUUUGUAGUUAAUAGUAGUGUACAUAUUAAUAAA